AUAGGUACCUUUUGUGUAACAUAAGUUAUUCUAAAAUGCAACUGCUGAUAAUUCUGUUAAUAUUAUUUCCAUGUUAUAUAUUUAGUUCGUUCCAUGAAUUGGAUCCACUAUUCAGCGAUUGCGGACAAUUUGAUUACAAAAACUUUUGGAGCCAUCUAGUUAGAAGGAGCUGGCCUGAAGAUGAUUUAUGGAAAAACUCCUUAUUUUGCUUUGGAAAACAAAUUGGAAUAUUAAAUGCCGACGGAACAGUUAACUACGAGGCAAAUAAAAUGUUUUGGAUGAGACUUUAUGAUGAAAAAAUUAUUGAUAUUCCUCGAAAGUGUACAGAACGUCGCGGCAAUAGUAAAGAUACACUUAAUUUUUUAUUUAAAUGUGUUGCAUAUAGUUUAGAUUAAAAUAAAACAUGUACAUCACAGUGCGAAAAUUUAAAUUUGCCUCUUAAAUUAUAGGUAUUUAGUGCCCUCUAUGAAAUAAACACCAAAGUUCAAUAUAAAAAAGUUUGAUUUUAUUUGUUAAUAAAU